AUUUUCAGAAGACUCGCCCAGCUGAAAAUGAAAUCUUAAGUUGUAAGAGUCCUUUUUUCUUGAUUUGAGAUAGCUCAUAACAGUCUAUCUCUAUGCAAUUUCACCGGACUGCGUCACAUACCCUCAGUUUCAUCAGCACUUUCGUGAGUUGUUGAACGAUGGAGCUGUGCGACGAGUUGACCUGCGACAGAAACACUCUGGUUCAACAGAUGUUUAACGACACGCUUUUGCUGAGGAAUUUAAGUGUUCCUGAUGUUAAAUAUGGACUUUUACCUACGAGCAUAAAGAUAACAGUCGUUGUAGUCUACUUAAUAGUGUGCGUGGUGGGACUCGUGGGGAACUUUCUGGUCAUGUAUGUAAUUAUCAGGUACACAAAGAUGGAAACGGUCACCAACAUUUACAUCUUUAACCUGGCCCUGGCUGAUGCACUAUUGCUGGCCACUCUUCCCUUUCAAGGCACGGAUGUCCUCCUUGGAUUCUGGCCCUUCGGUCUGGCUCUUUGCAAGACUGUGGUGGCCAUUGACUACUACAACAUGUUCACAAGUAUCUUCACCCUGACCAUUAUGAGCGUGGAUCGCUACAUAGCAGUCUGCCACCCUGUGCGCUCCCUGACAGUUCGCACCCCUCUCCGGGCCAAACUGUUUAAUGUGGCUGUGUGGGUAUUGGCAUCAGCCGUAGGAUUGCCCGUCAUGAUUAUGGGUCAGGUGGAGGAGGAUGUUAACGGUGUUGAGUGCUUAGUGGUCAUGCCUGACCCGAGAGGACGCUGGGAGCCUGUGUUCGCGACUAGCGUGUUCCUCUGCUCAUUUCUUAUUCCUGUGGCAAUCAUAAGUGGCUGCUAUGGGUUGAUGGUGCGACGCCUACGCAGUGUAUGUCUCCUCUCGGGCUCAAGGGAGAAAGACCGAAACCUGAGGAGAAUCACCUAUAUGGUCCUGUCUGUGGUAGCUGCCUUUGUGCUGUGCUGGAUGCCAGUGCAAGUCUUGGUUCUGAUCCAGGCCUUGGGAAAGGUGGAUCUUGGAGGCAGCCAGGUCACUUUGGCAGCCAUGCACUUCUGUAUUGCUCUGGGCUAUGCUAACAGUAGUUUAAACCCUGUUCUCUAUGCCUUCUUGGAUGAAAACUUCAAGCGGUGUUUCCCUGAAUUCUGUGUGCCAACCAACUCCAAUUGGUACUUAGAAGAUCAGCAUAAGAGGUCAUUGAAAAAGGAGAGAGAAUGUGGUGUGGAGGAAGAGGCAGCUGAUUCACAAGAAAAAGGAGUGGUUGUUGUAAAUCCCAUUCCACUGUGUAUGGAUUAGAUUAGAGGUUUUCUUUGAAUGUUUGGCCAUUAGUUAGAUGCAAUUAAGUACAGUAGUAUAAACAUCAAGGAUUUUGUCCAUCUGCCAGAUUCUAAAUUGUGUGAUAAGAUACAUAUUGUACAACAUACAAGACCAUCAGCUCAUCACAUGGGCAAAAUGACUUUUUUUAACAGCAUUUUCCACCCUUUUUGACCCAUUGCAUUGUAUACUGUCUUAUUAUUUGUUUAUGUUUAUUUUUGUAUUGUUAAUACCAAUAUUUGUAUUGUUUAC